GGAGUUUAUGCAGUCUCGCUCCAUGUCCGGAGCUCAGCGGGUCUCAGCGGCAUAUUUGAACUCGCUAUCCAAACAUCUACUCUUAAAAACGCUUAUACUGACCAGAUCAGGAGUCGGAAUUGAAGGCGAAAGAAGCAGAAGAAGAAGAAGAAGAAGAGAAGAGGGAGUCUGAGUGAAGUGUUGCUGCUUGUCUAGAGCGAAGAAAAGGUGAGUGGUUUUUGGUUACGAUGAGAAACACGUUUUAAAUUCAGUUUUAAGCAGCAGUGUGAACCUCCAAAGAGUUAAAAUGUUUCCUCUGUGAUAAAUGGACAGCUCAGUUUGUGAGUUUUGGAAAAGUUAAGGUAAAGCACUGAGCUGUGUUUUUCUUGUGAUGUUUGUUUCAUAGAGACAGAGUCUCAGUCAAUGCAGCCUGAUGGAUCUCACCAAGCAUCCCUGCCUCUUCUGUGACCACAUAAUGGAAUCAAGAGGUCAGACUUCCCCAUUGUUGUCUGAAGACUCCUCGUGCAUCCCUCACUGAGCAGCUGUAUUUCAUCACUGUAAGACAAACAUAAACAGAAGUAUGCUCCCAUGCAACAACACCACCUGCAAUGACACUCUCACUGUCAACUGGGACGGCAAGCCAGCGACAAGCAUCAUCAUGUUCUUGGCUGCUGUGGUUGGAAACCUCCUGGCUCUCUUUAUCCUCGGUGUUCACCAGAAGGAACAUCGCUCCAGGUCCUCUGUCUUCUGCAUCCUGGUGACAGGCUUGGCUCUCACCGACCUGCUGGGCACUUGUCUCCUCAGCCCGCCAGUGUUCAUCUGCUACGCCCGCAACCUGUCCCUGAUCGGCCUGGGCGGCGAGAGCCUGUGCAAACUCUUUGGCUUUGCCGUGAGCUUCUUCGGCCUGGCUCCAACUCUCAUCCUGUGUGCCAUGGCUGUAGAGCGCUGCUUGGCCAUCAGCCACCCUUACUUUUAUUCCGUGCACAUCCGUCGCAGCUUCGCCAAAUUCACCCUUUUCUUUAUUUAUCUCUUUUCUUUGCUCUUCUGCCUCCUGCCGUACACCGGUUAUGGCAAAUUCAGACAGUACUGUCCCGGGACAUGGUGCUUCAUCGACAUGGAUGCAACAGGGGAUGAGAAGGCUAACCUGGUGAGGGCCUUCUCUGUGUCCUAUUCCUCCCUCAUUUCUCUGCUGAUACUGGCUGUGUUUGUGUGCAACGGCUCAGUGAUUGUCAGUCUGUGUCAGAUGCACCGAAACCAGUUAAUGCGGCGUGGCUCAGUUGGGUCAAACGUGAGGAAGAGGAGGCUGAGCCUGGCCUGGUUUGCACAGGGGGAAGAGGAGAUGGACCACCUUGUGCUGCUGGCGCUCAUCACAGUCAUCUUUGUGGUCUGCUCCCUGCCACUCACGGUGAGUUCACUGUAGAUGCUGUUUUUGUGUAUGUGUGUGUGCUUGAUCAAUUUCCCGUUAAGAAAAUUUCCACUCGCACUUUGUCACAAGUGACCUUUAUAUGUCAGCAACCCACAACACUGUAAAAUAAAAGGAAAAGCCGACACCGAUGAUGUGUCAUUGAGUCAAAUGUUGAAACUCAACCAACCUCCAAAACAAACUCAGAAAAGAAAGUGUGUACUGAAAUGGAAACAUAAAAUUGGGACUUUUUCACAGUUUUUUGUUUCGUUUUCAAUAUUGUGUGUCUGCACACUGGCAGCCAGCAGGUGUUUCCAACCCAAAUAACAAAAGCGUUCCUACUUUGAUAAUCCGAUAUAAAACCUUUAAGUGACCGACAAAAGCAAACUUAUGAGGAAAAUUUUAACUUGGACAUAAAUCAGCAUAAUAAAGAAAAACUUCGAUGAGAGAAACCAUGUUUGAGAAAAAUGAUUAUUCUCUUAGUUAACAUUAUAUUGGAUCUUUGCUGCACCCAGCCACCAGAGGGAGCUCUUAAUCUUUUGGCUUCACAAACAAUAAGAACCUCUUUUUAAUAAACAGUCUAAAAUUAAUAAACCUUAAUGUAGAAAAACAGAUUUCCAGACAGUUUUCAAUGUUAGAUUGGCAGAUAAUCCAGAGUGCAGAGUUAGCACAACAGGUGCAUCUUAGAAAAUUAAAUAUAGUCUGCGUUGAGAAUAUUUGUUUGACAGACAAGCUAGACUUAGAAACUGAAUUAAGUUAUUUAUUUAUUUAUCAUAGUUAUGAAAAAAAAUGAUGGAAACCUGAUUUUUUUUGCUGCUUUAAAACAGUUCUGUGCACCAGUUGUGUAUGUGUAACUAUUUCUUAAGAGAUUUUAGCUGAAAACAGUUUGUAUAAAAGGGGUAUGUCAUAGAAUAUGAUAAUGCUACGUUCACACUGCAGGUUAUGAUGCACAAUUCAGAUUUUUUGUUAAAUCCGAUCUUUACACAUUACAACAACGAAUGCGGCAUCCUAUGUGAACAGAAUGCGUCCGUGAAGUGACCCGCAUGCGCACAAAGCACCUGUUGCUUUCCGCGCCUGUUUGUGUUGUCGAAUAAUGGUGACAUUUGUCGCAUAUUGAUGACGUAUAGGUCGGAUGAACGCGACCUGAGCGCCCACACUGCAGACACAUCAGAUACAUAUCCGAUUUAUAGCCACAUACAAAAGAGGCCUGGGUUGGAUUUGAAAAAAUCUGAACUGCACUGUUCACACUUAGAUGAAAAAAUCAGAUAUGUGUCACAUAUAGUUAAAAAAUCGUGUGAACAUAGCCUAAGAGAUCUUUGUAUGGACUGUCAAAAGCUGAUCAUCUAUUUUAAAUGGUGUUCCCAUCAUUUAUUAAACUGAUGUCAUUAUGCAACAGCUUAAGGAGCAGGUUCAUCUCAGCUAUAGAGAGUUUCCAAAACUUUAAAGCUUGUAAAAUAAUUCCUUCCUCCUUUUAGUAAUCAUCAUGAAGACCGAAAGCUCUGCUAGCAUGGUGACGGUUGAUGUUUUUGUUUGUUUGUGUGCCCUGGUGGUGUCUGCUAAAUGAUUGUGUUUGGCUCAGCCGGCUCCGGCAGUAAAAGGUGUGACUGAAAGUGUAGCCUCCGCCACACAAGGCGAGCUGUGCCUGUGUGUGUUUGUGCCUUGCAAUUGUCUUCUUAGCUCCAUUAAUGUCCCUGUUUGAGAGGAGUAUGCCAAACCUGGAGGACUGGUCCAGCCCUGCCUUUCCCAGAGGGCAAAGCUCCUCUUGCAGGACUCAGAGGUUAACCCUUUGCCACGGUAAACAUUAGUUGGAGAUUCACCAACAUGAGUUACAUAAUGAAAGUACCCCUGCUUUCCUCGAUUUAUUUAUUUAAUUCAGGCUUUUAACAACUGUGGUGAUGAAAUUGUUUACAGGAAGCAAUAAAAAGUGUUUGCUCUUGUUCUCGCUCUUUACCCACGACUCAUUGUCUGCAUCUGGAUGUUUUGUGGUAAAAGUUGGCCUCCAGGUGUGACUAAGUCAUGGUGCAUGUAGACGUUGUAGCUGAGAGGGCCCUGCGGCAUGAGCAGUGAUGAGUAGACUUGUCAGUGCUGUGAGUAAGACUUGAGGAAAACCAAAACCCACUUUAAACAUUCUCAAAGUGCAUUAAUGCCUUAGCUGUACAGAAGAGUGGGUGGUAUACGUGUCAGUGUCAAACUAAAAUGAAUAAAUGUGCAGUUUGGAUGGUCACUGUUAUUUGGCAACCUCCACUUUCUUCCUCACGAAUGAGUCUCAGACAUUUUUAGUAACAUUCACAUAUUCAUCAUCUUUAAGUUUGUCUACAGUUACCACAUUGGCAGGAUUUCACUGUGAAUAAUUCAAGACCCAAUUACAGGGCAGCUAGUAAUUCGUGUGUCAUCCAUGCAGGCAUGUGCAUGUGUUUUUGCAAGCUUGUUUGCUCACGUGCAUGUACAUCUUUGUGGUCGGAACAAAAUGGAGCAAGACAGAGGUGAUACAAUGUGAGUGCAUGUCAGCAGACCUUGAAUGUCUCCAGACAGAUUUGUCCUCAUGAUUAUAACACGAGUAAGCUUGAAGAAAAGAAAUUUGAGUGGAUGUUCAAACAACUGCUCUGACACCUUUUGCAAACACACGGGCAGAUUGUGUUGUUACUCCUGCAUGUACACAAAACAUGUCCCAGCUCCAACAUGUGUUCCCUCUGUGCUUUAAUUGACUAAAGCUCUUAUGUAAGGGAAUCCACCUUGGAGAAAAGUGUUUUUAAAUUCUGAAGAAUAAGCAGAGAUGAAGCAGGUGAUAGAGAAGAAAUGCUUCCUCAUUUGAAAAAAGGUAAAAAACCGGACUGCACAUCUGUAUUUACAGAUCAGGUUGCGGUGUGUAGUCUUUGCAAAGUGGCUUUUGAAUGAAAACAUAUGUGGAGGGAUUUGCUCUUUUGUUGAGCCAGACUAUUCAUCACUAUCAAGGCAAAGGUUCAGAAGUUGUGGUGAUGCCGUGUGGUAGAUGAUGAUGAUCAAAUGUGGGAGUUUCUCAGAACAACAGAUGUUUUUCAGAGGCUGUGUGCGGUAAAAUUGACCCAAUUUUGAACAUGGAAUGUAUUGCCUGCAAAUGUUUCACUGUUACGUGAACCGAUUCAGCUUCCCAGGCUUGUCACUCCGCAGUGCAAGCCUCGGAUGUUGUAUAUCAGCUCACCAACAGUAAUGUGUGGUUUCAGUAGACAGCUGAGAAAGAUACGAUGCCGUUAAUCAAUUAGACCCAGUGUGAUGAAUGCUAUCGCUGUUUUCGCCAUGUGAAGAGCGUCUGGUUUGUUUGAUGUGUGGUGAUAUAUGCAGUACUCUUUUUGUUGGGAAGUUAGUGCCGCAUAAAAUAAAUAACAAGUGCAGUUAGAUAUUUAAAGUAAACAUAUAAAAACCACUCGUAGCUGUGGGAUUGAGCUCAAAACCUCCUCUUAAAGUAUAAUAAACACUUUUAGGGUUUUAUUGUACUUGUAAGGCUGGACCACUAAAUAAAUAACUAUAUUAGCAAACAUACAUAAUGUGGGUGUAAAUCUUUGCCAAACAAAACAAUCCAAUCUGAUUCAAUCCUUCAUAGAAAUGAUUUAAUCUAAAGAUGAUUCAUUAAUAUAAAGAAUGUAUCUGUGACAUUAAGUGUGUUUUUCUUCUCUGAUGAAAUUCGUCGAGCAGCUGUUGCUACUUAACUUUUCUUUUUUUUUAUUUAUUUUUUUUUUAUUUAACUCAACAACAAAACAGAGUGAUGACAACAACAGAAACAACAACAACAACAAAAAGAUAAAAAAUAAAAAAUUUACAAAAAUACUUUUGUGAGGGAGGGGAGGGGGAAGGAAUUUAUAUAAUAUGUAAAAGAGAAUUUAAAAAGAAAAGAAAAAAAAAAUCUUAAUUGGAUUACAUUGGAAUAUCUAUAUAAUAAUAAUUAUAUGUAUACAUAUACAUACACAUUAACUUUUCUACAAAGCAUAAGAUUGAGUAGACUUGUCCACAUGAUUUGAUUACAUUGCUUUGCAGAUGUUGGACAUUGUUGUUUUCCACCCCCUGAGCUAACAAACAUACCUGACCAGCUAACCAUACUCCUGUUAAAGGAAGCGGGUUAACAUCUUAGCCUUGCACGAUCAUCUAAGGACACCUCGCAGGUGAAACAGCAAGCCUCAUUCAACCAGAGAUAAAGUCAAACUGGGUCAUUGAGUGGUUUGUUUAAACCAGAUCUAUUAUCUAUAGUGUUUGGGUUUGGUGGGUUUUAACACCUCUAAUGCAUCAUGCUAAGAAUAAAAACAAAUUUCUUCAGCCUAACAGCAGUCAAGAGACCCAGUUUUCGCCAUACUUAUAUGGCCAUGAGUAAAUAUGACGUGCUGUAUGUAAGAAAAAGUAAAAAAUCUGUUGCCUCAUUACACAGACAAACAAUUGAUGUAAAUUGGGAACUGUCAAUCUUUCUCAAACCCCGCCUACAGCCAUAUCUUGUUUUUUAUUGGGAUACAGACUUUUAUUAGAAGUUUUACAGUGAACAAAAGCUAUUGUUUAAGCUAUCAUGUAUAAAUUAAAAUGGGACCAGUAGGUUAAAAGUAAGACUGUUCAACCGCAGUCACGGCCUCAUGUGACAUUACAGUCCUGCAGCGUAAUCUCUGAGUAUUUGACUAAAGGUUACCCCUCUGAAAGGAAAAUCAACACUGGUCCAUUACUCUUUUUUCAGCUUCUAUUUGUCCUGUCCUCUUCACUUAAUAAAUGACCCAAGCAUUCUUCUGUUUGAGGGACAAGUAUGGGCUGAUAGCAUAUUUUGACUGUGACCAAACCUCCCCUCCCUGCUGUUCCCAUGGGAACCACAGAAGCUAUGUUGGGUCCAUAUGUUGCUUGUCAAUACAAGGAUCAAUAAAACGCUGCACUCAUAUUAUGAGCUAGGGCUGAAACGAUUACUCGAGUAACUCGAGUAACUCGAUUAAUAAAAUUCCUCGAGGCAAAUUAUAUGCCUCGAGGAAUCGUUUAAAUCCGGAACCAUGUGCAGCGCACGGUGUUUGACACGGACGGUUAUUUCUGUUGCGCAGAAGCGUGCUCUUUCCGCUCCUUCCGCUGCCGCGCGUUUGGUUCAAUCAUGGAGGGAAACGAGGACAGACAGAAGCUGUGUCCGAAAUGGCAUACUGCCUGCUAUCUACUUACCUACUCAAGCAGUAGCUACUGCAUACUGACUACUCAAAGAUGAUUUGAGUAUGCCGCGGCUGCCCGAGCGUUUACACACAUACAUAGUAAAUACCCCAGAAUGCAUUUCGUGCCGGCCGGACGCAGCGCCGGGAAAAUUUAAAUAGUCCUACCACAAGCUACAUAGAACGACUGCAUACCGGACAAAUUAUAUAAAUUCAUUCAAUAAUAAUAUUUUUUCUAGCGAGAAAGUAAGUGUUUACAUCACGAUUAUGAGCCCAGUUGUUUGAAAUAGUGGCUGUUUGUAAAUUUGUCUCGGCGUUUUCGGAGACCGAAGCGUCCACUUGGUCGGUGUUAGCGUCUAUUUACCGUAAACACCGGGCAGCAGCAGCUCCCCCUUCACGUUUCCAAAUUAUUGCGAAGUGUUUUCAUAAUCAACAUCUACACGACACAAACCGGGCGGCAGUGGAUGAAAAAAAUCACACAAACAUCCGUGUAUCCAUGGUGAUAAUGCAAUACACCACCUGCUAGGCGUGUGAUGAGCAGCAGAGGGCUGCAAAAUGACCAACACACAACAACAUGUAAAUAAAAAUGUAACACUUUUAUAUAGUGAAUAAAUGUACAUUUGCUUGUCAAAUUAUGUUAGUAUCCAAGAAUUAUAUUAUUUCAGCCUAUUAAUUAAACAAGUAAAAUUAGAUCCAAAGCCUGGAAAUAGUUGUGACUGGUUUAGUGAAAACUGCAAAGAUCAUUACCAUAGCAAUUAAAAGACCAUCUGCAGACCUUGCCUUCAGUAGUUUCAUGUGAACUACAUGGUAAAAUGUAAAACUUUUGGUUCCUGAUUUAUGCAGUAAAAAUAUUCAUUUGAAAGACCUGGCCUAUUUCAGUUUUGUGUGUUACUGAUGGUUUUUAAUGAGGCAAACGUGAUUCAAUGCAAAGUAUUACAGUGAGAGCAAAACAUUUCUUAUCCGAUUACUCGAUUAAUCGACAGAUUAAUCGAUAGAGUACUCGAUUACUAAAAUAAUCGAUAGCUGCAGCCCUAUUAUGAGCUAUUGUCAAGACUGGAAAAAAAUUAAAAGUGGGGCCUUAAUUUUUCCUUUUUUAAUUGAUUAGCUGUUUGAAUAAUAGCAGUAUUUUGAAAAACCUCAGGACUGUGGUGACUUUAAGGAGGAGCGGCUCUGUGGCAAACAAAUGAAUCUCUAAAGAAAGCUUUCAUUAGUGAGGCUGACGUUUCUGCAUCCCCGUCAGCGCUCUAUUAUUGACUUGUAUGUUUCAUGUUAGAUUACAGGGAGUGCAAUUAACUCAAUUAAACAUGUUAUGUCACUAAUUGUCUUACAUUGUUAACAUUACGGCCACAGGAGGAAGCUUCCUGAUUAACAAGAAAAUGUUAGCAACUCCACAACAAACUCUUGGUCUUGGCUUUAUUGUACAAGUGAACAAGAGGGGAGAGAAAUAGAAACUCUGCUUUAAAAAUGUUGCCAAAAAAGUGCGUCGUUCCUCGUGAUCUCAAAUUGUCUUCCUCUUCUCUGUGGCUUCCUCUGAAAUGCGAAGGCAAAACAAGUCUCAGAGUUUCACAAGUGCAUUUUAUGUUUUUGGAAAAAGAGAAGUGGAAAUACCAAUCCACCUCCAUAGCUCCAAGCAUUACUGAGAAAGAGGGAUAUUUGUCAGGAAGAAGAUGAACACAUUUACAGUCAGACGGCAUCAUGCCUUCAGGAGUCGGGCCAGCACCUCAUUAAUCUGAGAUGGGUACGUGAUAGACCAGGCACAGGGGAAACAUUUGUGACGCAAACAGAUGCUUUGACGUUGAAACAGCAAUGUGAGACAGUAUGAGGAGGGAAAAUACUGUUUUUCAAGGGUUGCAUGACAUUACCAGCAGGAGAUUCUCCUGUCAGUGUAGGAGAGUCUCAGACUGUCCCAACAAGAGAGACAGGUAAACCCAAGAACAGGAGAGACUUGGUGUUCUUUUACAGUAAAUUAAAACAGUGUAAUUAUGUAUGUCAGCCAAAAUGAAUUUGAAAAUAGGCAUUUCAGGUAGCAGCAAAAAUCCAAUUUUGUUUAACCCUGCAUAUUUUUACUCCUUUUUAAGUCUUGUUCUUCAGGAAUGAGAAACCACAUGUUUGGAGCUGUACGAACACAUCAGGUCCCGCUCUUAAAUCAACCAACACAUUGAGACAAUGGUGACUGUUUAAUUUCUUAGAGGACUUGAACCUUGAGUACACAACUACAUCAACAUAGGAAUUAUUACAUAACAGUCUGGAGCUCUUGAGUCCAGUGACUAGUCUUGACUUGUAUGCCGGUAAAAUAUGCAGAGCGACAGGUUGAUAACUAUUCCGACUCUCCUCACGUCCAACUGGAUCCAGAUCCAAUGAACUCAGAGUGGGCUAAUGGGGAAAGUCCCCAAACGUAGACGCAUCCAAGAUGACUCAAGGCUGAAAUUGUUGUUAAUACCUUCCAGAAGUGGAACGGAUGGGUUUGCUCCUGCAUCGGCACAUUUGUGGAAGUAGUGUCUGAAACACGUCUUUGUGUAGGCAGUGUGGAGAACAAUGACCUUUACGUACGUCUGAGGUGACAGAUGAGUCCACACAAUAUGGGAGUGGUUCUGUUGGACAUGUAAAGACAAAGUCAAGAUAAGAGGCGGUGUUGUUGCUCAAACUGUUAUCUUGCCUGAGGUGCUGCAGGUGCUGCUUGGAGAUAAAUGUCACAGGGAAUCUCACUUGGGUUUCCAUAUGGAAAGAUGAUGCUAAGCAAUCAGCAGCUAGCUUUGUGUGUUGGACAAUAGGCAUCCUUUUGAAAUGCCUAAUCCUUUAUUUAACUUAUACACAACACAUACACAAACUGGGCUGAUCAUACACUUGUCCACAUUUACUCUUCCUUCAACAAACAAAGCGUCAGGUUAAGCUCUGCCCUUUAUUUUGUGUUAAACCCUGUUUUUCUUGUAUGUUAUUAGGUUUGACCCACACUGGAGAUAUUGGACGACAAAUCAUAGCAAUAACAAUCCUGCAGUUAAAAAUAGGAGCGGAUAUUGAAUCCCGCUUUGUGUGUAAUUUAAGUGAAUGGAAGAGUAUAGCCUCAGGCCCGAAUCUGAGGACAAUGAGAGGGAACAGGUGCUGGGAAAGUGGUAAAAAGGGAAAGCUGAGCACAGAUAGAAAACAAAUAAGCAGGGUUUUUUUUAGGAGUCAAUAGGUAUGUGUGGCCUGAACAAAGUUUGUUUUAUUGCUUAUGUAGAUCAGGUAGCAUUCUCUGUUGUCUAAGGGGAAAGUCGCACGUUAACUUUUAGCAAAAAGUUCGAUAUAAACUUGUGUUUGAUGAUGUCUAGGGCCCACAAAAAACAAGCUGUAAAUAUUUGUAUCAUCUUCAUCAAUGAUAUCGGAAACUUGUUAGCAGAUUGUAUCAUGUUUAGGCAUUUUUUUUAGCUCUGUUUUUAGGCUCCUUGAGGAGAAAUCUUUAGCCCAGUAACUAGCUGUGUGAUAACUAUGACUGCAGCUCCCUGUGGUGUAACUCAGAGUCAGUACAUAAAUAAAUAUCUGGAACAUUAGAGACCAAGUUGCCACACUGUUGAGAUAAAAAGCUGCUCUCUGGGAAACCAAAACAAUGAGUUGAAAGACUGUAAACCAUUGAGCAGAGAGGAGCUGCUGAGUUGAGUGCUGUCUGCUGGGACCAGGGCUAAGACUGACGCCUCUCAUCUACAAGCAUGUGCAUGGUGUAUAUUAUUUUAGUGUGUUCUUUGAUUGUUUGAACCCGGGUUCUUGUUUUAUCCUUGAGAAUUUUUACAUCCUUGUAAAUCCCUGAGCUGCUCUUUUUUUCUGUUGAAGAGGAAACAGAAAAAAAUAUUUCUUUAACCCUGCUGUGAAUCUUAAGCGGGAAAUCCGUACAAUAUAAAAUGAAACACUGCCAAAGUGACCAACAUCCUGUUUGGGUUUUAUUGUCGUACGUUUUCUUAUUCUUGUCCCCUGAAUGAUCUCUGUCUACCUCCAGUCAUAAUGCGCACCACAUUUUUCCCCAAAGACACACAUUGAAAAGAUUAUUUGCGGGUAAAUGGGAGGAGGUGGGAGGGAGAAACUACAAUCCGACGGCAUUAUUCCCAGUACUGUCGAACCGAACAAUCAAGAACUAUUUAAGUCACAGGUCUCCAAAUGCUGAAGGUCAUUAAAGCUGAAUACCAGCUGUGUUUAUGAACAUUUGCUUGUUUUCAAUGGAGCUUACUGGAAUAUGUCUUUGUUGCUGUAUGCAUCUGUGUGGUAAACCAAAAAAUGAAAAUCAUCAAUCUUCCUAUCGGUGUCUAAUUUACGAGGUGCUAUAAUGUAGUAAAGACAAUUAAAGUGUGUACAAGAGGCACGACCAUUCAUGUCCUGAUGAGACAGCACAGUGUUAGUAUUUGAUGACCUUGUAAUGAGAAUGGGUCGGUACAGUUUCAGGGCGCCCAUCAUGCAGUUUAUUACAUUGACCACAGAAUAAAACUUAUUGAUCUCGGUCAGUGUUAUUAGCUGUGGGCCUGGCUUCCAUCUCCAGAAGAUGAAGAAAUGAUAAAUCUGUCUUCUGCUGUCAAUAGCUGCCUCAGGCUCACUUGUUUCCUCUCUGGAAGUGAACAAUGGUCUCAUUGGAGACACAAAUGAGUACAUACACAUUAUCUUUCCUUAAAUAGUGAUAUUCUAACGUUAUUUAUUAACGUUUUUCUUAGCCUGGAUUUAUCUACUGGCACCUUUGCACGAAAUUUCAAGCCAGAGUAAUUCUCAACACACGACUGCUCUGUUUGUAUUUGUCAUUUCACAUGAUUGAGUGAUAAGAAGCAGUCCGCAUUAUCUGAUGUACAGUGCACUAGAUCCUCCUCAGUUGUGUCAAGACUCUCCCACUCUGAUAUGACACAUGAUAACUCUGAAUAUCGUUUCCAGUGUAUAAUAUCAUGACCUUAUAACACAGGGUUAAAGAUUACUGUGAAUUAAAGCACCUGUUAGGAGUUUUUUGACGUUCAUGAACUAAAGUGAUACUCAUACUGAAGCUUUAUUAUGACAUCCCAUUGGUGAAGAAACUGAUGAUUUUUUAUAGUUUUUUUUUAAAAAACUGAAAAACAACAACAAAAAAAAUGAAAACAACAGCAAUUUUCAUGUUUUUUUUUCCAUAAAAUAUUCACGAUAAAUGAUUAAUUUGACCUUAAAAAAGCAGAACACAGAUGUUCCUCAUCAGGAGACACUACUUGAGACUGCUUUGUUCCUCACAGGAGCUUUUCCAUAAAAACUAAAAAUGUUCACUCUGUUUAUUAGCUGACUCUCUUGUUUCUCCAUCAUGAUAAUUUAUCUUAGAAGCAGAAAAAUUUAGGCCAACAUCUUUGACAUUUUGAACCAUUUAAAAGACACAUCUUGUUCUUUUUCAUUCCUCCUCUCAGUAGAGCUGUUAAUGUGUUUUCCUGCUGAUAUGCUUUUGUAUUGAUUUGUGUGCAGAGGAAGCUUCAAUCAUUGGUUUUAAUCUUUGAAUACGAGGCUUUUUUUGAGAGAGCGAGAAUGAGACAGCAAGACGGACAGCGCUUGUCUAUGAAACACUGGUGUGCAAAGAAAUCUCCAGCUUGUAUCUAAGUGGGUUUAUCUGUGGGUUGGUUAAAAUCAAUGUCUGUAAAUUAGUAUGGACAGAGCCCCCAUCUACUCCCAUUAGGGGAAGUGAAGCAUAAGUACCACCCUGAUGAGCGCUGGGUGGAGCAGCAUGAUAUAUAUCAUGUUCAUAAAUCUGCCAAGUCUAUAGCAUGUAGCUUGUGAGGAAACUGACACGUUACAUGAUACAUGAUACAUCAAAUUUAGGAUUUAUCCACAUCACGGUAAGUGUAACUGAAACUUCUUUGGAGAAGACUUGGCCCCAUAUAACAACUUUGUUCAUGCUUUUAUUUUGAUAUUUGUGCUGUCUUGCAUUCAGGUUGUCUUAUUUCUUCCACCGUUAUACUGUGCUUUUAUUUUGAAGUAUGAGCUUCUUCCGAAAAAGUAGAAGCGUUAAAUUGAUAUGUAACCCAAAGAGGUGCAACCCCAAGAUGGAUUUGAAUUCCCAAAAAAAUCUGUGUAUCUAAGAGCUGAAAGUGCCAAAUAUCUUUUAGAAACUUCAAGCCAGUUCAGAGGAAGUUUGCUGCUUCAUUUUAUGACGUUUGACAACCAGCUUCAAGGACCUCACAGUGAACCCACAGUAUUACCGUUUGCUUAUUUCCACCAAAUCAAUCUUUAAAAGUUAAACAAAGACAGUCAACACCAGUAUACCUACAGCCUGAGUUUAAAGUACUCUUGGCUGUGACCAAGACACACAGUAUAUGUUAGUAAAUCAUGCAAAUGCAGUUAGUUUGUUUUUUUUGUUCCUUGCUCUGCAGUUUGUCCACACUUAGGCUUGCCCAUCCAUCAGCGCCUUCAUAGCUCACACUGUAUUGUGGGAAAUGUGCUCCACACCCAAGUGUCGAGUUUCUCAAGCUUGUGGGGUCAGUCUGUAAUCAUGCAAAGGCUGGCAUUUUGAUAUCCUUUCAUUACCGUGCUGUUAUAUGACGUUUUAUGAAAGAAAUACAUCCAUUUAAAUCACAUUUAAAGUGAAAAAAAGUGAAUUUGGAAUAAUAAUAUUCCAAAUUCGAGCGGCCAUCUGAGUCCAUCCUUGUGUUGACUGAAUUGUUUAAUCUUAAGGGAAAUGCAGAGAAAACAAUAAGACUCUUGUUUCAUACCCCACCUUGCUUGCGGUCUCUUGAGAUAUAUGACCUAAUAAAACUUGGCAGAGACACAUCGGUGAAAUACAACACCCGCACAUCAAACAAACCAUAAGUGAAGCAGAACGCUGUGAUCAUCUGUUGUCCUGCCGGGGGACGUGUGAAAAAGAAUAACAGCUGACAUAUACUGUGUGUCAAUAAAAGACUUAUAAAACCAAACACUGCAACUAUGAACGAGGUCAGGAUUUCACAACAUGAACGCGCCUCCUGACAAGAAAAAUAAGUGAAAUAAGGAGUUUUAAUUUAUAACUUCAGCUUUCGUAACUGAGUCAUUGUACAAGAGAAAUGUGGAUGUUUUUGAGGGCGCUCAUAAAUACUCGUAUUCAAGAAGUUGGGUAUGAUUCAUGACGUUUGCCCUAAAAAUCACACAAACCAAUCAGUCAUGCGGUUUUGGCCGGGUUGGGUGUUCACUUUUUCUAUCACAGCUCGUAAAUAAUCAAGAGCAGAUCUUUUUGACAGCGCAGAAUGAAUCACUCCGCUUUCUUUUUUCAACACUCAAUCCCUCCAGCAAGUUUCAACAACAAAACACAGUCAGAGUCUUCCGGUUCCAAUUUUGAAUUAACAAGUAUUUUAUUACUCUGCAGUUUGGGAACAGUUUGUUUCCACUGUGAUUGGUCCAGAAGGUUUUGGGAUGUUAGAGCACUGCCAUCAGAGAGCGUCUGAGCUUGAGUAUGUGGUCAGCAGGGACUAAACAAACCCAAGGAGAUAAUUGUAACCAGACAGUCAGUUCAGAUUAUGUGGUUUGGAGAUUUUAGAGCUCAUUGGAUUGCUUGACUGAUGUUUACAAGUGGACAGGAAAGUAUGUGAUGGAAAGAAGCCCCCUCAAAACCCCAGGAUAGUAUACUCUCUUUUUCUCCCAGAGACACCCUCACUGACCUAAAAAUAAACACAUCACUCAACAAUUAUUAUUUUACCACAGUGAAAGCCACUCUUGGCUCAAAGACAAACCUCUUCUAAAGGUUAUCAACCAGCCCCUUCGUUUAUGAAUCUAAAUUAUGAACGCAGUGUAUCUCAUUGGUAUCAUUAAUUCAACUACCAAACAGGAAAAAAUUCCUUUUAUUCAUUUAUUUUUCGCCAUUUUACACAUAAAUCCCUACUGGUUCAUUGGAAACUCGCCAGUGCCCGUUUUAUUAUUGAUUAAAAGACGUAAAAAAAAUUUCAUUCUGCACCUUCAGGAGACCUGGUUUAGACGUUGAAAAAAUUAUAUAUUAUAAUAGCUACAUGUUAAGUAGCCUGCACAUUUACUUAAUGGCAUGAAACUUUAGUCGUGUUUUAUUUUUGACGAACAUUUUAAAACUUUGAAACUUUUUUUAUUUGGCUCUGACACUGAGUUGACCUCAGAGGGCUAUCCGUAGUAUUUGCAUGUUAACUGGGCUGUGAAGAGAGUCUUUGCAUUAAUACGUGCUACAAUCCAGGCGUUCACUGUUGUUUUAACUCAGAUGUCCCUUUGAUGCCGAUCUCCAGCUGACGUCUAACCACCUCUCAGCCUGUUCCACACACAUUUAUGACUUUUGGCAGCUCAACAGAAAAAGGAAAAAAAAAAAACACCCACAGUUGGAUGUUAACAGAGAGGAAUGCUGGACACCAAAUCUCUUGGUAGAAGAAUUAGUUUCUUAAAAAAGAAGGCUACAACUUUCCCAGGAUGAUUAAAACAAAUAAACAUUCAGCUGCAUUUGAGCUUGUUCUCAUGAUUAAAUGUUGUGAUUUUCACAUAAGCAGCAUAAAAAGGAUGGAUAGUCUACUUAAUGCAAAGCUACACACUGCCUGCUGAAUCCACUGAUUUUUUAUAAUUAUCAGUUAGUUGUACAUGACGCAGCAGGUUGUGUAAAUGAAGCAAACAGUAGAUUCAGACAUGUGGUGUAGUCUGUUAAAACAAUAUGGAUGUUAUUUUCUUGAAGUCUCAAAACACAGCAGAAACUCUCAGAUGACAGAUAAACGGCGGUGUGGUUGAUUUCUGAUAUUUUUGGAAACAAUAAAACUGCAAGCUUGUCGAGGAUGUUCAGACUGUUUGUUCUGUGCUUAACACUAUCACUAGCUGUAAUGUGCUUUUAUUGUAUGUUCUAGAUAUGUAAACACAGAGCUACCUUUUAUAUGAACACCUAAUUUCAGAGCAACAGGUGUGAAUCAAACAGGCUUUAUUUGCAGGGUUGUAAAGGCAACCGGUUCUAGGUCAGCGCUGUAAAACUGUAUUAUAGAAACUGGGUUUAAUACAAGAGUCGGUCAUGACCUCUGAAAAGUCCACCAUAACGUGUUAAUGUGGGGCUACGCUAUUUUAAACCAAAAUGUGUUAAUAUUUAAAGUUUAGUGAAAGCUUUUGUUUUUUUCACUGGAGGAUAGAGAUACAGAUAAUAUAUAAUAACAUCAAAACACUCAGCAGACUGAAAACUGAGAAAAUAUGACAGGGUUCACAAAUUAACAGCAAAUGAUAAUCACAAUAAAUGUUUAGAUAGUGCCUAAAAAAUAAGUGAACAGUCAUGCUGUGAGUUUGUUGUAAAGGUCCUUUAAGCUGGUUGCCAUAAAAUGGAGAUGUGAAGAAGAAGCAGCAGCUGCCAGCAGACCAGCUGCAGCAUGUCUCUAAGAGAUGGUUUAGCACCUUUUAAAAACUGAUUUUCCAAGAUUUAUUGUGAAUCUAAAUACAAUGUUGGUGCUUGUGCCUCUUAGGGUGAUGAAUCAAUCAAGCGUGUACACUUUCUGGAUAUUCUUUUCACUAUUUUCAUUUAGUACCAUAACAUAAAAUCUACCAGAGGAGCCAUUUACUUCAAAAUAAAGGCACAUGUUUACAAUAAAGGAAAUAAAGCAACCUAAACACUAAACAAAAAGAUAUCAAAAUAAAAGCAUGCCAACUAUUUACAAGAGAUUAGCCUUUUCAGAGAAGGUCACAGUGCCAAAGUUGUGGAUAAACCAUAUAUCUAGAGUAAGUUAAUUGUGUUGAUUUAUUGAGGUCAUGAAUUAUAUAUAGCCCUAUGGUUUCUAAAGAUGAGUUGUGAAGCUGAACAACGGCGGCGACUGUUCUUUAAAUUCUGACCUUAGUCGACCUUUAACCAGGUAAAGGGGUGGAGUUUGGAUGGGCCUUCAGCAACCUGGCAGCCUGCAACAACAUGUCAGUCAAAUCAGCCGUCUUAUGCAAAACUCGUAGCUCUGAUGUAAACAUGUUUAUUUGUCCCUUUAAAAUGGGUGUUUUAACUUGGGUGUUAACUGGGCCUCUUGGUUUUUAAAUCCAAUUUAAAGUGAAAAUCAUAGUUGUGCGAUUUUUGGCACUACAUUUCCUGAAGUUGCUUCUUGAUGCAACCCCAACCCCAACUUUUCAUGACUACGGAUCUAUUUGAGCGACAGCAGACAACUGUAACAAACAAUUUGCAUAGCCUACAUUUGCUUUUGUUUUCUCUGAAAUGCAGUUUCAGUGCAUAUAGACUUGAACUAGGAAUUCUUUGACAACCCUUUUGAGUGUUUGUAUUGCUGACCCAGCUACUUAUCGUAGAUAUUUUCACAUCCAAAGAAGUUGUUCUCAUGUUCUAAAGGUGUGCAGCACAAUGAUUUUAUCUGCAUUAGUGGAGUUUAGAUUUCAAAUCAAAAAUAUUUUUGGCUAGUGAAGAUAAAAGAUAAAGUUAAUGGAUAUUAAUAUUUUAAAUUGUUGGCAAAUGAGACACUGAAGUUUACACAUUGAGUACAGAUCAUGUGUUGUGUUGCAAAAAAAACUUAAAAUGACAAAAUAAAAUGGAAAUAACACAAGAACAGCUCUGAAGUAUUUACUCCAUAAAUGACCUACUUUUUGUUAUUUUUAAGAACGUGACUGAUAACAACAGCCUGUAAAAUCUCUUUACAGAUUAUCUUUUACUAUCUCACAGUGGCAACGAAGCACCGAGACUUCAGAAGCAUCCGUUGGGUACAAGUGUUGCUGACUUGUCACUUAAUCUCAGUUAUGCUGUGGCGAAUAUGUUGUGAAAGCGAUAAGGUUUUUGCGACACGACCAACACGCUGAAUUCACCUGCCCAGCGCAUAUUCCUCUAUGUGGGUUACAACCUCUUACAGUUUCUCUCACUUCCUCUUUAGUGUACAGACUUUUUUUUCUUGUCAGCAAUUUCUGUUUCCAGUUGUUACAAAAAACGAAACUCCACCCUCACACCAUCAAGUGAGACCGUUUCUUUCCCCGAAGGCUCACGCUCACAAUCAGUUUCACCUCAGUUCUGUAUAUAAGAAAAAAAGGGACGAUAAUGAUAGAUAAUGUACACAUGAAGGCUGCAUGCUGUUUUAAUAAAGCUGUUUUUGCACAAAUUGGAACUGGAGUGAUGUAUAAAACAAGAAGCAUUACUUGCGUUACUAUCUGUCACCUUCUUCUUUCGUUAUUUCUCACUUGAGAUUGUUGUCUUUUAGCAUAGUUUCCUCUCAUUAGCACAUUUCUGUUCGAUUCCAGUGAAAGGUCUAAGACUCCAGGUGACUAAAAGCAGCCUCGAGCACUUCUUUAAGAGGAAAGUCACUAAUGGACUUUCAGACAGCAGAAUUCCCUUGGUGAAAAAAAACACUCUGACUUUAUUGCUUCACUUUGCUGCCGCUCAUUAAUAUUAGAUAUUUUCUUCCUCCUGAAGAUGAGCCCAUUUACUUUAAUAUCUUUAUUAACAGCCCCAUACAUAACUCUAAAAAUAUGCUCAGGAGAUUGAUCAUACCAAGCAAAGCCUGCGGAGAAAUUUCCCUGAUGAAUAAGUUGAUUUCAUGCACCAGAUGCCGUUUAGAAUCAGCCAACUUGUUCCCCUUCCACUGUAUGUUUUUCUGUCUGUCACACCACGCAAAACACCUCCUCACUAACUUCCUAACAGCUGCCUGUGGAGCAACAAAAUUCCCCCGCAGUCAGAAACACUCUUAGUUUUUUACAUUUCUGCGCUGUGUGAGUCAAUAGCAUCAGGUCCUGCAGGAGUUGAAUGAGAGGACACACAAUUGAGAUUCAUUUUGGGCUGGGAUUUUACGCUUUGAAGUAAGGAUGACUGAAAAUGACAAGUAAAUGGUCAGAAAUGAAAUAAGUGUUGUAAUAAUCUCAUGAGCUUCGGUGUUUGUGAGAAUUCACGUGGGAAGAGUCAGAUACUCCAAAGUAAAAAGUUGUGUAAUAAGAUUUUUGAGUCUCUGUUGGACUUUUUCUGGUCUUCAGGCUGAUAAACGAGAAACGAGAGAUGGAAAGUUUCUCAGAUUUGAAAAGAUAGAGCAGUUUUGGAAAGACUGAGUCAACAUUGAAAUGGUGUGAUGUUAAACUAGGUGUGAGCUCCAAUACCAGGGCGGAAAUGUUAUCAGUAACACUAGUUUCACACUUUUUUUGAUGACCUUUGUGACCAACGUUUGUGUUGGCUCCCAUGUCAAACAGCUUUUUAUUUUAAAGGAAUAGUUCAAUUUAAUUACAUCUCGUCUGAAAGAUUAAAGAAGGGGCAAAAGAUACAGAUGAUUCACUUUUGCACUAAGAGCUCAAAACAGAAUAUAAAUGUGAAAACAAGUGUGCAUGUUUUUUGUCCCAAAGUUGUCACUUUUUGCUGCAUAAAGGGUGAAGAUGGCAAAACUGGAAAAUAGUUUUGAGGUGUAAUGCAGGCUGAAGGAUGUCAUUUUCAAACCCCCAUAAUCUCAAAAGUUGGGUAAUACUUAAGGCAAAGCAAUAUCAAACAUCUCCUGACUUGAGCAAUAUUUUCAUCUAAACUCUAAGCUGCACAAAGUUAACGGCCAACUCUGUAUUUCCUCUUUCCUUACACUUACUAUUUUAAUUUUCCUUGACUGUUUUCAAUAAAAGAACACAGAAAAAAACACAUUUUGUGUGUGACAGUGAGCCCUUUAGAUUUGAAGUAGAAGAACUUCUGACUGUGUUAAAGGCCAGAUGAUCCCUUAGACGGUGAUUGAUAUCUGUCAGUUACUCUACGUUGUUUGCAGAUUUACUUAACUCACCCUAAAUAAACAAAAUAAAUCUUUUUAUUGCUGAUUUAACUUUAACUCUGGUGUAUUAGUUCUUUUAUUACUCUCAAAUGAACGGCGAUUAAUCUAAGCUCCCUAAUGUUGAACUCCGUUAGUGAUUUGUGCGCUCCUUCCUGUGUGCUCACUUCUGUACACACACAGUCGUCUCUUAAGGGCCUGUAAUCUCCUCACGGCCUCCUCUCGCCCGCCUGUAAUGAUCCUGCAGUGAAACAGGAUCAUUUAAAAAAGGUUUGGCAGGAGUCCUCCAGGACGAACAUGAUGGAAAAUAAUGGGCCGUGGAGUGUAGACAUCCAUUACGUGGGUUGGUUUCUACAAGACACAUCAGUCAUCAGCUCUAAAUAGCAUCUCAUGUGUCUCUGCCAGGAUGUAACCAUCUACAGCAGCUGAGUCCAGGUACACAAACCCUGCUGCUGGUCUUAGUCAGGUAGAGUGUUUUAGAAACUAAAAAUGAAGAUACAAAUAAAACAAACUUUAAAGUCACAAAAGGAGUUUUUCCUCCUCGCUUUUAUGUGUCAUGAUGUGUGCUGUUUGAGUUAGUUUUCCCUGGUUUUGUGUUUCCCUAGAGUGUAUUUCCUUUGUUAUUAUCCCUCGUGUGUCUGUGUCCUAUUGUUCCUGUUCCCCUGUAGUCUUGUCUUGUGAGUUUUCAGUUUGUGUCUUGACCCGGUCCCCUCAUGUUCUCAGUGUUUUAUUCAUUAUCAGUUUUCAGUGUUUCCUGUUUUAUUUUGUAGUAGUUUAUUCCCUGUGUUCUUAGUCUUGUUUUACGUCCUCAGUUUUCCCUCCUUAGUAAUUUUUUCUGCACCUGUGUCUCUGUGUCUCACCUGUCCUGCUUGUUUCCCUGUGUGUGUGUGUAUACUGUAUAUAGUCCUUGUCUUCCCCUGUUUCUUUGUCGGUUCAUUGUAUGUCUGUGUGUGUGUGUGUGUCCAGUGUCCCCAGUGAGUCUCCUGUGUUUUUUGGUUCCUUGGGUUUUGCCACUUGUGUUUUUUGCCUUUGGAAAAUUUUCUUUUGGACAUUCUCAGUAAGUUUUUGUUGCUUUUUAGUUCCUUUAAAAUAAAUCCUUUUUUGUCGCCCUACAUUUGGGUCCUUCCCUUUUUUGUUCAACUUCUAAAAUGUGACAAAAUGCUGGUUUUCUUUUACACUGUAGUGUUAGGAUCAGUUCCAGGUUCAGGUUGCAGAGCAGUGAUUAAUAAUAAAUGUACAUUUGCUUACCUUUGUUUGAACUGUACAUAUAUGAACAUGUUUGCCUGGUUUUAUGUGUCUAUGAGCAGACUCACAGUAGGUCCAUUUACAUCUUACCGCCUCUGCAUGAUUCUCCGUCCUCCUAAACAAUCACCAUACUCCUUGGCUGCUGUAUACUGUUUCUGGAUGUCCCUUUUAACACUAGACACUAUACGCUCCCGUUUAAGAGGAGCCUAACACCCAAUCAGUUUGCAAUCCUUGGAGGAACGGGGGUGGGAACAGUUUAUAAUGAAGUGUCCCUCUCUGUCUGCUGAGAGGACCAUAAGAGGCAGGGUGGCAUACGGGAAUAGAAGCAAGACUGAGGAGCGAGGAUGGUGGCAGUAUAUGAGUCAUGUCUGUUUGAAAUGCUUCUGGCAACACUACAUGAUAGAUAAAGUGUAUGUUGAGCGUAGGAGGCAUUUGUCACCGUGUUUGUUAGUGUGUGUUAUGCCAGAGAGCCUAACAUUCGUUUUUACUAUGAGCAUAAUUUCAAAUAACAAAUUGUUGUCGGCAGAAGGUAUGUUCUUGGUCAUACGCCAAGAGAGUUAAUGGAUUUAUAACUGUUAUGGUACAAAAGGUUUACUUAAAAAAAAAAAAAGCUGACUACCUUCAGACUGUUUUAUGUUGAUCUGACUGUGGAAGAUUAAAAUAAACGAUAUGAAACAAAAAAUAACAUGGCAAACCUUGGAUGACACGCUUAGUAACAACAAGUGCAACCAGCCAAAGUUGGUAUUACAUAAUAUUUAUCAUUCAUCAAACAGAAACAUUUUUGUUUGUUUAAGAAAUUAGGAGUCAAAUGCUGCUUCCAAGUAUAAUUUUAGGCAUGAAUGUAACUUGACUGCUUAUUGAUGAGUUGCACAGAUGUUUCUUCUUCAACUUUAUCUUUAUUUUCAAGAUCAAAGUUGAUGAAAUUGAGCAGAGUCAUCAGCAGAUGCCAUCGAUCAACUGUGCUCAGAGUGGUGGGGCGUUACCAGGUUACGGCCAAUAACCAGAGCUACAGAGGAUGGCUUUACCUCAGCCUAUCCCUCACAAAUGACGGGUUUAGGACAACUCUUAAAAUAUGAAGAACUUGUUUAUCUAAGUAAUGAUUCUGGUAGAGGCAUUUUGUGUACUUUACAAAAUGAGAACCAAGCAGCAUUGCUCCAACGUCGGUUGAGUAAUUCAAGAAAUUUCACACAACCUCAAAUAACAUGAAAGUCAUGAACAUCUGGGUGUUGUUUUGUUCCAGUCUGGACUGUAACCACGUCUGACACAUCCAAAAUGACAACUCUGUUCCUGGGUUUUUUAAGAUAUCAUGUUUUUAAAUUCUUCUUAAUUUUAUUUAUUUAUUUAUUCCUCCCUCAGUCCUUCUGGCUGGCGUAUCUGAACACCACGAGGAUGUGAAUGACCACAUCCUCAUGAGCUCUGCCCGUAAAUGAGCACCAAGAGGACACGGGCGGCCCUGUGUCUGGUCCCUCUGGUAGUCCUGCUUGGUCUGGCUCUGGACUUGCUCUCACACUGUCUCCAGCUCAUUAGUUUUCAGCCCAGGCCUUAGCAACUGGGAAACAUUUACAGAAAUGCACAGAAGUACUCAAUCAGCACACGGCAUUGAUUAGGUCAUGGUAUGCUGGAUAGGGGGAAAUGAGGAAUUGUUGAUAGAGAUGAAGAGGUGUCUUCAAAGCUCUCUGGACCAUCUGCUUCCCUUUCUGUGUGUGAUGAAUAAGCAGCCAGCUGCUGCCGUCUAGGUUGCCUGUCUGCAGCCUGUCAUACCUUAAAGGUUAACUCAAGAAAAAGUUGUGGUUUUGUCCUGUAGCAUUGUCGACAUCUGUUCUCAGGACACUCUGUACUUCUGAAAAUUAAACGUGUGCACACACCGACAGUCUCUUUGCUGUUACAGAAAGACUGAUGUUGACAUUUCGUAAAGCCUAGCAAAACAAAAAGAACCGCAGUCUUAACUGACACUGAAACCAAACACACAUUCACGUGUUGUCAUCUGGUUGUAACACCAAAGGGCCGACAAUGUCAUCUUGGACUGCAGCAGCACUACAUCUCAUCCUGUUCUGAUCUCAGAAGCAUGAUUCAGGUUCGAUUUGGCGCCUCCCUCUCGUCAUGAUGUUUCAUCUGGUGGAAUAAAAUGUUACCAGAGAACAGUCUCAUAAACAAACAACCCUUUGAAUGAUUUCAUUCAAUAAAUCAACAUGAAAUGACGAGGAAAAUGAGAACACUUUUUCCAUUUUUAACAUGCCUCAAUGUCUUAGUUUGCUUAUUCAGUCCAGUGAGUACUUUUGUAUAUUAUUGAAAACUAUCAACUCUGUCGUUAAUUAUAUUUAAAUGGAGUGAUGCACUGACCACAGCUUGCAAGUCCACAAACUUUCUAAGCUUGUCUUGAUUUGCAGGCACAAGUUAUACCAGAGAAAACGCACCAAUAAAAUCUUCUCCAAGAGAAACAGCACCUAAAAAUAUAACCCAAAACUUUCAAGGCUAUUCUGUGCAAUAAUCUAAUAACCUAAAUACUAUGUACAUCACUUGUUAGCUCACAAAAAAACACAGAUUUUUAAUGCACAAAAGUCAGUGCAAUGCCCAACUGUGAGGAGCAUUGCAGCAAAGUAAAAACUAAGAUUGUAUGUAGAAAAGUUUUGGUACAGAGUAGGUGGAAAAUGCAGUCAUGAUGUUUAGACGAGGCUGCAGAAAGAUAAUGUACCAAAACAACAUGCAAACUAGCCCCUAGGUUGUGCAUCUAUCUGUGUGUGUGUGUGUGAACUAGGUCAUUCCCUCUCACCAAACCUGCUGUGGACACAAAGGUUAAAACCCUGCAGCACCACAAUGUAGUUGCAACACAACUAACCCACAGCCGUCAACAGAAGACGCAACUCUCUUGCUUUAAGUUGCGUAACGUUUGAAUAGUUUGCUCUGUCUAAAUUCUGCUGUCUUUCUUCAGAUUGCAGGCUUCAUCAACGCCAUCGAGCCAUUUUGUGGGGACAAAGAGAACCUGACUGCUUUCCGCUUCUACGCCUUCAACCCCAUCGUGGAUCCUUGGGUCUUCAUCAUCUGCCGCAAAUCUGUGUUUCGUCACCUUUGCUCUCUGCUCAGCUGCCGCUUCAGCAGACGAGCGGUGAAGACGACGGCACACUGCGCUCUGUCUUUACCCCUUGACAAUCACAUACAGCGCAACCCCCCAGAUGUUACACUUCCACAGGCCAACAUGUAUCCCAGUUUACCGCUGUGAGUGGAGGCCUGGAGGCUGUCAUGUCUGAUAAAACAUUGGAGCAAGUUUGUGACAUAAAACAUUCGCAUAAGAACUUUCUCCGCUUGUCUUUACAAGACAUAAAGACUAUGACGUAAAGCAAUGGAAAUCUUCUGUACAAGGCCGUCACAGUUUCACAAUGAACUGACAUUGGAGAAGUGAUCACACUUGGUCUUUAACUUCCAUUGACGGAUGGACGCUAUUUCAAAGUUGUGCCAUAAAUCCAACAGCACUGUAACUCUGCACUAAGGAAUGCUUUACACCAUAUAAAGCCUAUGAAUGAUAUACUGUAAAAUCAGAAUACAUGCACUUGGGAAAAGCUUUAUUGGUAAACGAUAUGCAUGAAUGUAUUUUUCUCUCUGCCCCUUCUUCAAGACACAGCAGUGUAACUCUCGGCUUUUGUAUUGUCCACAUCGGUAGUGUCUUUAAACUAUAAUAACAUCAAAAUUACCUGUUUGUGCUCUCUGUUUACUGAAGUGACAUGUUAAUACUUUAAAAGUGUGUUAUGCAUCUGUGAGAGGUAAAUAUGAUGUAAAUAAGAUUGGAAGGAUCAAAGUUCUGACCUUGUGAUUGUGUUAAACAAGAAACUGGAGGGUAAGUUUAGUGGUCUAAUAGUUUAAUAUAUCAUCUUGACCCCGAAAAACCAUCCAUUCCCUGUUGAGUAGAGAAGUGGACUUUUUCAGAUCUGCACAGUGAUGCCGAUGUUGAAUGUUUGUUAUCUGCUGUCUUUCUUGGGGCAGCCCCAAGUUGGGCUAUAUAGCGGUUUGUGAGAAAAUGACCAUUUUUUAACUUUUUCUUUUUCUUAUUUUCACCCUAAAAAAGUCUUUUAUUCCCAGAAUUAAGUACUUGUGGGAUUCAUAUCUGCAUUAAACAUCAGAUAUUCUGGGGGGUUUCCCUGACAAAGCAGCACUCUUACACAUGCAGCGCCGACAGCUGCUGCUAUGAACCAUGAAUAUAUAUGUAUAUAUAUGUAUGUAAUGAACAACAGAUAUCACUCCAACAUAUUCAAAUGUGUACAGUUCACGAAAAAGCAACUUGUUGUCCUGACCAGUAUGCUAUUGUAAUGCAUGGAUCGUUUAAUUGUGGCAAUCCUUUGAAUCCUCAGUGAUUUCUGAGCUACCUGAUUAUUCCCUGUGAAUGUUUUGUUAUUGUCUGUUGUGGUUUUUAAAUGCUGCAAAAUGCACUGUAAGAAUUUGUCUUUUGUUUUUGUGACUUACUGCUGUUGUUGCAAUUUAAUGUUGUGUAUUUGUGCUUUUACACUGUGCUAUAAUGAUAAGUCCAGAGACAUAUGGAUAACAGAUGUGAUUCUUUUUUUUUUCUUUGCCUCUUGCACAAUCACUUUUUACUUUUCAGUCUUGAGUCUCAGUCAUGCAUGGCCAAAAGUAUGUCAGACAGGUUGCCUCUUGCACAUAUUGUCUCUAAGGGUAUAAAUAUUCAAGUUGCAAAUCCAUUCAAAAAUUGGUACUAAUUUAUGUGGUUUAAUACAAGUAAAUUGUCUCCCAUUACAGGUACGUGCAUGUUCUCCCCCCAGAAAUGAAAUAUAUUUACAUUGAGUGAUUUUAAACAGUCCCAUCUGAGGAGAAAAUACUGUUCUCUGUACAGUUCUUGACUAUCAUGAGACCUGAGCAUGUUUCCUGUCAGUUUACAGUGCAUGACAUAAAAGCAGGGACAAGGUCAACACAAGAUGAUGGUGUUUGAAUUCAUUUUAUCAUUUGUUUUUGUCUUGUUACAGCCCUUACAUGGGCCUGUACCACAAGGGAGGAUUUAUUUAUAUAAACACAAAUGUACAUGUCUGUAUUUAUGAAACGGUUCAGAUUAUAUGUGACUGAAAAAAAAAGAAAAAGAUCGGGUUUAUCAGAUGGAAUUAAAAAUUGUCCAAAUGUUUCACAA